CAUUUACACACUCACUCACUCACACACUCCGUGCAGUGUGUGCGUGUCUCCACGCUGCAGCUGGACUCAGACCAACUCCUGAAACUACUUUAUUAUUAUUUCUCUCUUUGAUUCCUUCAGUCCGGAUCACAUGAAGCGGAUCUGAACCUGGUCCAGACCUGCUGCAGGACCAGAAACACCGUGAUCCGGAUCAAGCUGCAGCUUUUUACUCCUGCUGGAUCUGAGUCUCGCAGCCUCCAGGAGCCUCCGGAGGACAUGCCGGGCUUCGUGGCUCUGCUGGCCGCCUUAGCAGCGCUGUCGGCCGGGUGGAGGAGCUCCGGGAGCUCCGGGGAGCUGCAGAGCUCCGUGGCCGUGGAGGAGCAGCGGGCGGCGGGGCUGAAGGGCUCCGGGGACCGGGACCCGGACCGGGGCGCGGGGCGGCCGGGCUGUCCGGGCCGCUGCCGGUGCGAGGUGGACGGGCUGCUGCACCGGGUGGACUGCUCGGACCAGGGGCUCCGGGGGGCCCCGGGGAACCUCAGCGUCUUCACCUCCUACCUUGAUCUCAGUAUGAAUAAUCUGACCGUGUUGUCCAGUGGAGCGCUGAGCAACCUGCACUUCCUGGAGGAGCUGCGUUUGGCGGGAAACGAUCUGUCGUUCAUCCCCAGAGGAGCGUUCAUAGGCCUUUAUAACCUCAAAGUGCUGAUGCUGCAGAACAACCAGCUGAGGUCGGUUCCUGCUGAGGCCUUCAACAACCUGCACAACCUGCAGUCACUCCGUCUGGACGCCAACCACAUCUCCAGCGUUCCCGUUGGCUGUUUCUCCGGCCUGCGUUCUCUCCGUCACCUGUGGUUGGACGAUAACGCUCUGACGGAGGUGCCGGUGGCGGCGCUGGGCGAGCUGCCCGCCCUGCAGGCCAUGACGCUCGCCCUCAACCACAUCAGCCACGUCCCGGACCAGGCCUUCAGCAGGCUGGGCCGCCUGGUGGUGCUGCAUCUCAACAACAAUAGGAUCGUUUCCAUGGGAACGGACUGCUUCCACGGACUCCACAGUUUGGAGACGCUGGAUCUGAACUACAACAGUCUGGUCGAGUUUCCGACGGCCAUCCGCUCACUCAGCCACCUGAAGGAACUUGGUUUCCAUAGUAACAACAUCCAGUCCAUCCCGGAGCAGGCCUUCACUGGGAACCCCUCCCUGAUCACCAUAUUCUUCUACGACAACCCGAUCCAGUCUGUGGGACGAUCCGCCUUCCAGAACCUGCCGGAGCUCCGAACUCUCUCUCUGAACGGAGCGGCAGAUCUCACCGAGUUCCCAGAUCUGACAGGAACCACCAGCCUGGAGAGCCUGACCAUCACAGGAGCUCGGAUCACCUCUCUGCCCAGUUCAGUGUGUGAGCAGCUUCCAAACCUCCAGCUGCUAGACCUGUCCUAUAACCAGAUCCAGACUCUGCCCAGCUUCUCCGGCUGUGAGAGCGUCCAGAAGAUUGAUCUGCACCACAACGAGAUCGAGGAGCUGGAGGAGAACACCUUCCACGGUCUGAUGUCACUACGCUCCCUAGACUUGUCCUGGAACAGAUUGUGGUCCGUGAGGCCGAACUCCUUCUCCGCUCUGCCCGCUCUCAUCAAACUUGACCUGUCGUCCAAUCAGCUGUCGGCUCUGCCUCUGAUUGGCCUGCAGAGUCUGACUCACCUGCGAUUGGCUGGAAACUCCCAGCUGAUGGAGUUGAUCCAGCGGGAGGAGCUGCCCCGAGUCAGGGUGAUGGAGCUUCCUUACGCCUUCCAGUGCUGCGCCUUCAUCUCCUGUGAGAGGAGAGGAGGAGGAGGAGCAGGAGGAGCAGGAGGAGCAGGAGGAGGUUCGUCCUGGGAGAGAGAGGAGGCAGCAGACUCUACUGGGAAAGAAGCCUCCGUCCUCUCCAGUCCAGUGGAUCAGGACUGGGACGACUUCCUGCUGGAGUUUGACGAUGAACCCAAACUGCAACACUCGGUCCACUGCAGCCCAGCACCAGGUCCGUUCCGGCCGUGCCUCCACCUGCUGGGCAGCUGGUUGAUCCGUGGGGGGGUGUGGCUCCUCGCCGCGCUCUCAUUGGUCAGCAACAGUCUGGUGGUCCUGUCCGUCUUCUUCUCGCCCGCCGCCGCCGCCGUGACUCCGCCCCGGCUGCUGAUCGGCCUGCUGGCGCUGGUGAACGGCCUGAUGGGAGUGUGGAGCGGCUGGCUGGCGGCGGUGGACGCCUGGACGUACGGCAGCUUCUGGAGGUACGGGGCGAGGUGGGAGAGCAGCUUCCUGUGUCGUCUCAGUGGUUUCCUGUGUGUGUUCGCGUCUCAGACCGGCCUCUUCCUGCUGACCGCCGCCGCCAUGGAGCGCUGCCUGAACGCCGCACGCCACCGCCACAAACCAGACGCACACAACGGCUCCGCCCCCUCGCCGCUGCCGGUCCGUGUGGCGGUGUGUCUCUGCUUCCUGUUGGGCCUGGUGGUGACGCUGCCCCCCCUGGUGGCGGGACACAGCAGCACCUCCCUCUGCCUCCCGCUGCCCUCCUCCUCUUCCUCCUCCUCCUCCUCGCUGGCCGUCUCCGUCUCCCUGGUGCUCCUCGACUCGCUCUGCUUCCUCCUGAUGACGCUCGCCUACACCCGCCUCUACUGCCGCGCCGACAAGGCCCCGCCCCCCGCCGCCGCCACGGAGGAGGAGGCGGCGCUGACCCGCCACGUGGCGUGGCUGCUGUUCUCCGACUGCCUCCUCUACCUGCCCGUCGCCUUCCUCUCCUUCUCCUCGCUGCUCCGCCUCUCCGCCGCCGGCCCCGAGGCGGCGAAGGGCGUGCUGCUGCUGGUGGCGCCGCUGCCCGCCUGCGUCAACCCGCUGCUCUACAUCCUCUUCAACCCGCUCGCACGCCACGAGCUGGCGGCGCUCGCCAAACGCACCUCCAGAGUCUGCAGGCGAGGAGGAGGAGGAGGAGGAGGGAGGGACACGACAUACGACGAAGACGCAGAGAAACAGUCGUGUGACUCGACGCAGGCGCUGGUGGCGGUCGGAGGCUCGAAGGACGAAGACGAGGAGGAGGAGAGAGGAAGAGCUGUGGCGUUUGUUGUUCCUCAUCAAUAGACUCAAACACACACACACACACACACACACACACACACACACACACACACACACACACUCGCUAGGGGCGGCAUUUUACACAAGUGAACUAAACUAAAACACGUGUACAGCGCCUAUGCGAUGACAAAUCAAAUCAAUCAAAAUGACUUUAUUUCUCCCCGAGGGUAACUUCAUUUAGUCUGUUAGUCUGAAGAGAAAGAUUCCUGAUACACACCACUACAGCGAGUACUUCUGGUUGUGUCAGGACUCAGAGUUGUGUUUGUGUACAGUGAGAACAGGAGUGGAGCCAGAACAGUGCCCUGUGGAGCUCCUGAGCUGCUCAUUAAUGUCCCAGAAACACAGUUCCCCAACCUGACACACUGUGGGCUUCCUGUCAGCUAAUCUGCCACUAUAUAUAUAUAUAUA